CAUUCGCUUUCUUAGGUAGGAUAAGAUGUAGGAUUGUACUGGACAAACGAUGAGACUACCAUGACGUGGCGGAUACCGAAGAUCUGCGAACAAGGGCUUCAGGGAAAUGGAACAAAAUCCAGAAAGGUUGAGGGCUAGCGGAUCAGCUGGUUCUGGCGCAGACGAAGGACAGACUGUCAGUUACUGGCGGUGUGUUGGAUAAGUGGCGAGAGCGAAACAAGCGGCAAAGAAAAGAAGGCAGAUGAAUAAUAUAGAAAAUAAUUGAGAAAAAACAUUCCAGUUGGUGUCAAGAGUGAUGUUUCGUCAACAUUUAAAAGGUGCCCACCGUGUUGGUGCUCCAGGUUCUAUUAAUCAGUCACAACAGAAUCAGCAUCCAACGCAGCAAGUGAUUGGAUGGGGUGGACAGCAACAUCAGUGUAAUGAUUCCACCCAACACCCUUUUGCACCUGGGCAGCCUCAGCAACCUGGCCAUAAUCCCCAUCAUACCCAACAACAGCCAUCAGAGGGUGGUGGUUGGACAGUGGGAGCUGAAACCUCAGAUGGUGCAUGGAAUUGGGGAGAAAGUGGUAAUGAUGCUUGGUCAUGGAAUGGGAGUAAACAGUCCACAACUAAUCAUCAACAGCAACUGAAUCAGAUCCAGCAAUGUACUCAACAAUACUUUCAGCAUCAUGAUCACGCUCAGCAGCUCCAGCAUACUUCACAGCAGCAGUAUUCUAAGGCUCCUCAUAAUGUGUUCAAUAACCAGAAUACUGUAAAUUCUGCUUCUGCUGUUUAUGAGCAAAAUCAGAAUCCUACUAAUGCUCCGCAGUUCCUUAAUGGUAGCAACCCUAGUAGUUCUGGAGCUGAAGAUUGGGGAGGAGACAAUUGGGGCAAUGACUGGGAAAGCAGUGAUUCUUUCAACAAUAACAAUAAUACUAAGCCAGCCAAUUAUGCAAAGCAGGAGCAUCAACAAAAGCAAUAUUAUCAGGGGAACCAGGAACAGCAUCAGUACCAAGAAUAUCAUCAGCAUCAUCAGUAUCAAGAUAUACAGCAGCAACAAAUAUUGCAGCAGCAAGUACAUCAACACCAUAGCUCUUAUCAGCAGCAAAAUUACCCACAGAGUCACUAUGGUCAGGAUGAAGAAAAUAAACGGCAAAAUGAAUAUUACCAUUAUCAACAGCAGCAGCAGCAGGAGCCACAGCAGCAGCAGCAACCACAGCAGCAGCAGCAACCACAGCAGCAGCAGCAACCACAGCAGGAGCCUCAUCAACAACAACCACAGCAGCUAACAAGAGAAACAACAGCCACUUCAGCAAUCCUCUGA